AUGGCGGCGCUUGGAAUGUGUGAAACGCCCGGCUGCAAAUCUAUUGCUCAGUUACAGUGUCCUACGUGUAUAAAACUCGGUAUACAGGGCUCGUUUUUCUGUAACCAAGACUGUUUUAAACAAUCUUGGAAGGCUCAUAAAAUUAUUCAUUCUUUAGCGAAGGGUGAAACUACAGAUGGGUCCAAUGUGGAAUAUAACCCUUGGCCGUCUUACAAUUUCACUGGGAAGUUAAGGCCUUAUCCGGCCGGACCUAAGCGCACGGUACCGCCUCAUAUUGGUCGCCCUGAUUAUGCUGAUCAUCCGACUGGAUUUCCUGCAUCGGAGAAUGCUGCUAAGGGUUCUGGACAGAUCAAAGUGCUGGAUGAUGAAGAAAUCGAAGGUAUGCGCGUGGCUUGUCGUCUAGGUAGAGAAGUCCUGGACGAGGCUGCCAAAGUCUGUGAUGUAGGAGUAACUACUGAUGAAAUUGACCGUGUUGUACAUGAAGCUUGUAUUGAGCGGGAAUGUUAUCCAAGUCCGCUGAACUAUCACAAUUUCCCUAACAGUUGCUGUACUUCAGUCAAUGAGGUUAUCUGUCAUGGAAUACCUGAUUUACGCCCUUUACAGGAUGGAGACAUAUGCAAUGUGGAUGUCACUGUCUACCACCGAGAGUUCCAUGGUGAUCUGAAUGAGACAUUCUUUGUUGGUAAUGUCUCAGAAAGUACUCGCAAACUUGUGCAAGUGACUUAUGAAUGCCUACAGAAAGCAAUUGAGAUAGUAAAACCUGGAGAGAAAUACAGAGAAAUAGGGAAUAUAAUACAGAAACACGCUCAAGCUCACGGGCUCAGUGUUGUACGGUCAUAUUGUGGCCAUGGAAUCCACAGACUGUUCCACACCACUCCAAAUGUUCCACAUUAUGCUAAAAACAAAGCAGUAGGCGUGAUGAAGCCAGGGCAUUGCUUCACAAUUGAGCCCAUGAUUAACGAAGGUGGUUGGCGCGACGAACAAUGGCCUGAUCACUGGACUGCUGUAACGGCUGAUGGCUCACGAUCUGCACAGUUUGAACAAACUCUGCUGGUCACGGAGACUGGUUGUGACAUCCUGACGAAGCGGGCUACCGGACGGCCUUGGUUCAUGGACCAACUGGAGAAACUUAAUGCUAAGUCCUAG